AGCGAGCAGCGAGCGGCGGACAGGCUGCUGCUGUUGCUACCCGCCGCUUCUCGGUUCUUCUCCUUCUGACGCCGCCGGGCCAUGAGCGGCUGGGGCCGGGCUGCAGGUCGCUGUCAGCCGCGGGCAGAGUGAGCGGAGCACCGCGAGCCCCGGAGGAGUCCGACGUUUGAGGACCGACCAGAGGAUCAACAGGCCGCGGACGAUGGAAAACACGCAUUCCCACGGAGAGGCGCGUCCGUGGGGCUGAGAGGAGCCGGAGCUCCCGAUGGAAGACUGACACGCACAGCGACACACAGAGCCCGACACGCACGCACACACACACACACACACACACACACACACACACACACACACACACACACACACACACACACACACACACACACACACACACACCAUGUGGAUCCUCCUGCAGACGUGGACGUGGCGCGCGACGCUGUGCGCGCUCAUGCUGCGCACCGCCGGAGGUCUCAACGUGUGCGUGAGCGGCAGCGCCACCUCCUGUGAGGAAUGCCUCCUGCUCCACCCAAGCUGCGCCUGGUGUGCUCAAGAGGACUUUGGACGGAGCCGGACGUUCACGUCGCGGUGCGACUUCAUGUCGAACCUGCAGAAGCGGGGCUGCGAGUCGCGGUUCAUCGAGAACCCCGUCAGCUUCACCUCCGUGCUGACCAACCGGCCGCUGAGCCUGAAGGGCUCCGUGGCCUCGCACGACGACGUGGUGCAGAUCAUGCCUCAGAGGAUCUCCCUCAGCCUCCGACCGGGAGACCAGACGUGGUUCAACCUGCAGGUGCGGCAGGUGGAGGACUACCCCGUGGAUCUGUACUACCUGAUGGACCUGUCCCUGUCCAUGAAGGACGACCUGGACACCAUCAGGAACCUGGGAACCAAGCUGGCCCUGGAGAUGGGGAAACUCACCAGCAACUUCCGGCUGGGCUUCGGUUCCUUCGUGGACAAGAACGUUUCGCCGUUCUCCUACACGGCGCCCAAGUACCAGGAGAACCCCUGCAGCGGGUACAAACCGUUCCCCAACUGCAUCCCGACCUUCGGGUUCCGUCACCUGCUGUCUCUGACGGACGAGGUGGACCGCUUCAACCAGGAGGUGCAGAAACAGAUCGUGUCCCGGAACAGGGACGCUCCGGAGGGGGGCUUCGACGCCAUCCUGCAGGCCGCUGUGUGCAAGGAGGAAAUCGGGUGGAGGAAGGAUGCGUACCACCUGCUGGUGUUCGCCUCAGACGACGGCGCCCACCUGGCUCUGGACGGCCGGCUGGGCGGCAUCGUGCAGCCGCACGACGGCCGCUGUCACCUGGACGAGAAGAACGAGUACAGCGCCUCCGCCCAGAUGGAUUAUCCUUCUCUGGGUCUUGUCGGGGAGAAACUGGCUGAAAACAACAUCUUUCUCAUCUUCGCCGUCACCAAGCGACACUACAUUCUUUAUAAGAAUUUAACUGCACUGAUUCCUGGAACCACGGUGGAGAUCCUGGACCAGGACUCCAAGAACGUCAUCCAGCUAAUCGUCAACGCCUACAACAACAUCCGUUCCAAGGUGGAGCUGUCGGUGUGGGAUCAUCCUGAAGACCUCAGCUUGUCGUUCUCGGCCACCUGUCAGGAUGGGAAGCCUCUUCCUGGUCUCAGGAAAUGUGCCGACUUGAAGAUCGGCGACACGGUGUCCUUCAACGUGAGCGUGGAGGCGAGGAGCUGCCCGCCGCGCGGCGCCGACCACACCUUCACCAUCAAGCCGGUGGGCUUCAAGGACCGCCUGGAGGUGGAGGUGAACUACCGGUGCGACUGCGGCUGCAGCCGGACGGCGCAGAGCAACAGCAGCAUCUGCAGCUCCGUCGGGAUGUACCACUGCGGGACGUGCCGCUGCGAGCCGGGCUACCUGGGCGCCCGCUGCGAGUGCCAGGAAGGCGACAGCAGCUCGUACCUGAGCGCCUGCCGCGAGGCGGAGGGCAAGCAGGUGUGCAGCGGGCGGGGCGAGUGCAGCUGCAACCAGUGCGUCUGCUACGAGUCCGAGUUCGGCAAGAUCUACGGAGGAUUCUGCGAGUGCGACGACUUCUCCUGCGCCCGCCACAAAGGCGUCCUCUGCUCAGGUCACGGGGAGUGCCACUGUGGGGAGUGUAAAUGUUACGCCGGGUUCGUCGGAGACAACUGCAACUGCUCCACCGACACGGCGUCCUGCCUGUCGGACGCCGGCCAGAUGUGCAGUGGGCGGGGCAGCUGUGUGUGCGGACGCUGUCAGUGCAGCGAGCCGGGGGCGUUCGGAGACACCUGCGAGAAGUGUCCCACCUGUCCUGACGCCUGUGGCACCAAGAGAGAGUGUAUCGAGUGUCGACUCUUCAACUCCGGACGGCUCGCCGACAACCAGACGUGUCAGCGGCUGUGCAAAGACCAAGUCCUGACCGUGGAGACUCUGAACACUGACGAUCCUGGAGCCGUGCUCUGUCUCUUUAAGACUGACAACGACUGUGUGAUGAAGUUCACGUAUUCUGAGCACGCCAGUGGACGCUCCGUCCUCACCGCCCUGAAGGAACCCGAGUGCGGCGGGGGUCCGGAUGCCCUCAUGGUGCUGCUGGCCGUGGUGGGCAGCAUCCUGCUGGUGGGCGUGGUUCUGCUCGCCGCCUGGAAGCUGGUCAUCACCGUCCACGACCGGAGAGAGUUCGCACGCUUCCAGAGCGCCCGCUCACGAGCCCGAUACGAGAUGGCGUCCAACCCCCUGUACAAGCAGCCCGUGUCCACACACUUGGUCGAGACGGACUUCAGCCCCUUCGGGAAGUCGUACAACGGCGACGUGCACUGAUGGCGGGCGGGCGGGGCGCGGCAGGACCGGUCCAAUCAGCUGACGGGGGGGCGGGUCUCGAACCGGAGCCCCCCCCUCGGUGAGGGGGCGAGCGGACGAGGGACACCUCGGAGACGUCAUGGGGCCUCUUCUUCUAAUUCUUCUUCGGUGGAGGAAUCAUUAGCAUUAGCAUUAGCAUUGAGUGGACAGUCAAAGACUCUGAACGGCGUCCCAGAAUUUCCCAGAAUCCCCUCUGGUACUAACAUUUACUAAGCAACGGGCGUCUUAACUUUUUUGCACAGAGAAUUUUGUAGAGAUGUAAAUCUUUCAGAGAGUGUGAGUGUGAGUGUGUGUGUGUGUGUGUGACAACAGGUCUCCAAACAUUUUCAUUCACGGUUCAUUUGUAGUGUGAAAUAAUCUUUUUAGUGCUUUGAGUGCUCGUAAUUUGACACCAGCCUCACCAUCAUGCCAGCAGGAAAUGACCAUGUAAGGAGAUCUGACACUUCAGUCCAGGUUCACGUUUGGCCUCUGCAGUGAGAACCAGUACCUGGAGCACCUGUGUGUGAGUGUGUGAGUGUGUGAGUGUGUUUUCUAGGGACAGUUGUACAUACAGUGUGGACUGAAAUGAAAUUGUUGUGCAGUUCGAGUUAAACUGAAUGUAACUCAGCCAGCAUCGGGAUCUUCAGCCGUGGCGUGCACGGGCGCACGUGCACGCCAUCUGCGGCUGGAUCCACGUUCAUGUACCUGUGCACGAGCAGCAACACAAUAAAAGUGCUUCUGUCGA